AUGGGCAACAGAGCGGGCCGAAUCGACUUCGAGUGGGUCUACACGGACCAGCCGCACACGCAGAGGCGCAAGGAGAUGCUGGCCAAGUACCCGGCCAUCAAGACGCUGAUGCGGCCGGACCCACACAUCAAGUGGACGGUGACCGGUCUGGUGCUGGCACAGCUGCUGGCCUGCUACCUGGUGCAGAACCUGUCCUGGCGCUGGCUCUUAUUCUGGGCCUAUGUUGUCGGCGGCUGCGUGAACCACUCAUUGACACUGGCCAUCCACGACAUCUCCCACAACACUGCCUUUGGCACCAGCUACCCAGCCUAUAACCGUUGGUUUGCCAUCUUUGCCAACCUGCCCAUUGGCUUGCCCUACUCGGCCUCCUUCAAGAAGUACCACAUAGACCACCACCGUUACCUGGGCGGCGACGGGCUCGACAUGGAUGUGCCCACGCACCUGGAGGGCUGGCUCUUCAACCGCCCAGCCAGCAAGCUGCUCUGGCUGGCCCUUCAGCCGCUGUUCUAUUCCCUGCGGCCGCUCUGCAUGAACCCCAAGGCCAUAACCGGCAUGGAGGUGCUCAAUGCCCUGGCGCAGCUCAUCACCAAUGUUGCCAUCUUCUCCCUCUGGGGGCUCAAGCCUGUGGUCUACCUGCUAGCCAGCACACUGCUGGGCUUGGGCCUGCACCCCUUCUCGGGCCACUUUGUGGCCGAGCACUACAUGUUUCGCAAGGGCUACGAGACCUACUCCUACUACGGGCCGCUCAACUGCAUCACGUUCAAUGUGGGCUACCACAUGGAGCACCACGACUUUCCCAGCAUCCCUGGCUGCAACCUGCCACUGGUGCGGAAGAUAGCCCCCGAGUACUACGACCACCUGCCGCAGCACCACUCCUGGCUGAAGGUCCUCUGGGACUUCGUGUUUGAGGACUCGCUGGGGCCCUAUGCCAGGGUGAAGCGGGAGUACAAGCUGGCAGACAGCGGCCUGUGAUGGGUGCAGCCAUGGGUCAGCAGCCCCCACCUGUGCCCAGCACCCCAGAACUGGUCUGGCUGCAUUUUGUCCCAGUGCCUUUGGCUGAUGCUCCAGUCUCUUGUCCAGGGGCAGUGUGUGGCCCUGCUGUCCUGGAUGAGGCUGGCCCUCCCUGCUCCGCUGACCAUCACCAUUUCCACGACCUGUUGGUCUUUUUUCUUGGGGUCCCAGCCCCACGGGCUCCCAGGCCUCUCUGUUCAGUGUCCCAGACCCACAUUAAAUUCAGUGCUUUCUCUCACA